AUGUAUGAAGGGAUUGACAACCUGAAAUCCCUUUACGACCGUGCCAGGAAGACUUUCUCCGGCGGUCCUUUUGCGGCACAGGAUGUGUCGCAUCGUACUGCUCGACCAGGCCCAGUACGUCAAUCAUCAGUUGGGAGCGGGGCUCCCAAGUAUCCCAGGACGGGGGAUAACCGCACCACCGGACGAGGUAACUCGUCCGACGUCCGUUCACAUCGCGGUGGUUCAACAGCUGCUCAACUAGAUAGCGCUGGCCACCGCGAGAGUCCUCUAAUGGAGGUUGAGGAGGAGGAAAGACGCUCUCCAAGCUAUCGUGGGCGAGCGUGUGUCUCCGAGAGCUUCUUUGAUCGCGUAACUCUUGCGUUACGCAACGACACCGAGCAUGGGCGGGACAGGCAUCUUCAACUGGCGGACACCGUCUUGACGCAUCGAGCUGAGUAUGCUUUUGCUCAGCUUGAGAACGACAGAGCUUUGACAUCUCUGCGUAACGAGCUAAGGGUAGCUCGUAUGGAUAUUGACUGA